AUGAAGAAUAGAAAAAGAAAGCUGAAGAGGAGAAAAAAUAGCAGUAACCAUUUCCCUAAAUACAACUUAAUACUUCAUUGUAGUAGUCACUAGGUUAAACUUAGAAUACUUAACCUCAGAACCAAUUUUCUUUUAGUGGACCAAACCCUACUUAGAUUAGAAUUAGAUUAAACAUUCAAACACUUUUUCUACCUAGCAAUAAAAAUUACCUGUUCAGCAAUUAUAGCAUUCUCAGACUUCUACAAUGUUUGGAUCUUUAUCAUAGCCUCCAAUUCAAACUAAUCCCAUCAAAGAUGGAACUUUUGCUACUCAUUAAACAAACUAGAAUUCUCAGACUUAGCUCUAAUCAUCCUCCUAAACUGGUGCAUUUUCUCUUGGGUAAAAACUUACAUAGCCUCAAUUAAAAUCAAGUACCAAAAUUAUAGGGACCUAAUAAACUUUGUCUCUUUAAAAUCAACCAAGCAAUUUUUCAUUUUCUUAACCACAAAUCCAAGCUGA